AUGGCCUCCGCCAAACCGAAUACCAAGGCCGAGAAGGCUAAGACAAGUGACGAAGAGUUGAUCACGGGGCUGUCCAAGGCUCUUGGAAUAUCCAAGGCAGCAUGUCGAAUGCGUUUUAUCCGGCUUCAACAGAAGCACGGGUUUAAAACCAAGGGGAAGGGGUCCCCACGCCGCCAGCAGGCACCGGCCAACAACGAGGAAGCGACGAAUCGCAUCUAG